GACGCUGCGGCUGUGCUGAUGGAGGGCCUUCGGGUGGUGGGGGAGGAGCGGCGCGCCGGGCUGCAGGGGUUCAGUGCACGGGGCGUGUGCAGGUCGGUGGACGGCGACACGUGGCUGUGGGGAGACGAGUUGCCGGACUAUGACGGCCUCCUCGCGACCGUGGUCGAGCGGGAGGCGCGCGGAGAUCAGGGUCGGCGACGUUUGCUGCUGUCCGCGGCGCAGAGGCUUCUGGACAACGUGCGCGUGAGGGAGCUCAGCGGGUCGGAGCGCGUCGACGCGGAGGCUCUCCUUGUGCGCCUGGGUGUUGCGCGGGCGGCCGUCGGCCGCGAUGGGGGCUUUGGGCGGGUGGACGGCGCGCUGUGCGAGGGCGCCCUUCGCGAUGCUGCGCGCGAGGUUGCGGGGGGGUGCGAUGAACGGGAGGUUCAGCUGGGCGAGCUGGCGACGGGGAUGCUUCGGCGGCAGGACGUGUUGGGGUACUGGGACGGCAGGGUGGAGGACGCCCUCUCGCCGGAGAUGCGGCCUCUGCACAUGUCCGCGGUGAAGGAGGCUCUGGGAGCAUUGAUUCCGGCCGCGCUUCACGGGAGUCUGGAUCGGUUCGUGGCGGCGCAGAAGGACGUCCUGGAGUUUUUCCUGAAGGUGUUGCAGCGGAUCUGCGGCGUCCUGGCGCUGCCCGUCGCGGUGGCGAGCAAGACGGUCGGUCUGCAUGCCGGGCGGGCGGAGUCCGCGGAGCAGUUCAGGAAGAUCAUGGGCGGCUGGAAGAAGGUGUGGAAUCGAGCGGAUGUGGCGGGGAAGAAGGAGCUGGUGUUGCCUGUCGCGGUGGACGAGAAGGGGCGCGACUGGUUCUGCGUGUCCGUGAGGUCUGCGUCAGAGGGAGAAGUCCUGGGGCGCGCAGAGCGCUUUGUCGUCCGCGUGUACGAUGAAAUGCGACGGCAGGGUGCCGCGCGUCGAGUGGCCUUGAACUUGGACGCGUUGGUGCGCGGACCCGCCUCGGCGGUGGCGGGCCAGGCGGGGCCGGAGACGAUCGUGGAGGAGGGGGUUCCCGAGUGCCGGGUGUCUCAGCAGCGCUGCCUCUGCGCGUUCGGGGUCUUGCUCUCUCUGGUGUCCAGGGCUGCCGGGGAGAGAGGCUUGGACGUGGCGUCGAAGACGUUCGUGCCAGACGCGGGCCAGGCGGUGGCGGCAGUCUUCGCGGGCUUUCGGACGCGUCUGCGGCAGGAGGGCGCUUCGGAUGUUUCUGUUCUGUUGGUUGAGGUGGACGCGUGCAGGGCGGUGCUGCGGUCGCUGGGCCACGCGCCGUCGCCGGUGCGCAGGGGCGGCGAGGCCGAGGGGGAGGGCGCGGAAGCAGCGGCCGGCAGCGUCUCCGGGGGGCGGACUUCUGCUCUGGAGCGGGGCCGCCGCGACGGGGCGACCGCGGGGGUGCGGCUGCGCGUGGGCACGUGGAACGUGGCCGGCGGGUCUUGGUCGGCGCAGGCUCCUUCCAGGUAUGGGGGGAGAGAUCAGAGGGCAGCCUUGGUUGCCGAGAUCUUGGGGUGGCGGAGGGCCUUCGGCUGCGACGUUGUGGCGCUGCAGAAGUGCGAGGGGGCGGGCGCGAUGGGCGAGCUGCUCGACCAGUGCCAGUUCUUGGGCGCCACGCCGGCAGCGGCGACGCGGGGGUACGUCCACUUGUACGUUCGCAGGGGCAUGGAGGCGGAGCGGCUGUUGUGUGAGGCUUCCUCGGCUGCUGGCGUGGCUGCGCGCGUCAGGGUGGCGCCGGGCCGAGGCGGUGCCGCGGCGGACGAGGUCUGCGUCUUGGCAGUGCAUUUGCCUGCCGGGGACAGGGCGGCGCAGCGCGCUGCCGCGCUGGGAGAGGCGCUGCGGUCGCUGGACGAGAGCGGGGCGGAGCGUGCCAGGGUCUUGGUCGUGGGCGACUUGAACGUGCGGGACGAAGAGGUCGCAGCGCUGUGCGAGGCUGAGGGCAUGUGCGAUGCCACGUGCGCUGGGAAGACCUGGGGCGUCAGGUGGAACAGGUUUUUCGCAGAUCAGCAGUACAGCGGCCCCGGGUUUCGUUUUGACCGCGCGAUGUUCGGGGAGAAGUUGUUUGCCCGGGCGCAUGUGAUGGCGCGGGGGCCUGUCGCGUUCGAAGGCGUGCAGUUUUGCGCGUCCGACCACUUCGGGUUGAUGGCGUACGUGGACGUGGCAGACGUCUUUGCGCUGCGAGGCAGGGGGCGCGCGGAGGCAGCCCGGGCGCGGCGCGGGGAGGUGUGUAGGGUCUGUGAGGUCGGCGGGGAGCGAGAGGCGCAGGAGGUCCGAGAUCGCCGGCAGGCUGCCAGGCAUCAGCAGAGGCUCGACAGGGAGAGGGCCGCGGAGAGGGACCGCGAGGCGUUUGCGCGGGGCCAGCAGAGGGCGGCUCGCGAGAGGGCACGCCGGAGGCAGGCGUUGCACGAUGCGGCUUUCGGCAGGGAGUCGCUGUUCGAUCAGGACUUCGUCGUCGAGGCGGAGGGGCUGGGCGAGGGUGUUCAGAUCUCCGCGCCGUCUGCCAUUGUCGUGCCGGGCGCUGAGGAGUGGCAAGACGGUGGAUGGGGAGAGGUCGCCGGCGUACCCGUGGUGGGCAUGGGGAAUUUAGGGAACACGUGCUACGUCAACGGCGUCCUGCAGCUGCUCCUGCGGGUGUCGUCCGCGCACGAGGUCCUUUCGAGACAUGGGCGAGACCAGUGCCCCAGGGCGUUGCUUGGAGAGGAUUGUGUCGUGUGCUUGUUGCGGGAAACGCUGGGGCAGGUCAUGGCGGCGUCGCGCCGCGCAGGGGUGCGGAAGCCGAGGCUCGCGCAGGAGAGGGCGGCGGUGGACGAGCGGUACGGCGAUGACCAGCAGUGGGACGCCAGCGAGUUCUUUGGGCAUUGGUUCCACAGAGCUCGUCAGGUGGAGCUGGAUGCCGGUCGGUGCGUGCCGUGGGGCGAUGGAUGGCUCCAUGGGCAGGACGGCUUCCAGGUUACGCACUGGGAUCGCCUGUUCAGGAGUGUGACAGACACGCGCUCGCGGUGCCGCUCGUGUGGUCUUUGCCGUGCCAGGUACGGGUCGGCCGAGAUGGUGUGCGUGGCCACGCCCGAGGACAGGAGGGUGUCGUCGACGACCUCCGAGCUGUAUCUGCGCGCGUGCGGGCCCGAGGUGCAGGAGGAGGCGGAUCGCCUCGAGUGCCCGAGGUGUGAGUCCCGGCAGGUGCACGUGCUGCAAUGGCGGGUGCGCGAGCCGCCGACGGUGCUCUUCGCGCGGGUGAUCCGUCCGGUGGCGGCGGGGGGCCAGGGCGUAUUGCUGCGCCGGCGCGUGGACGUGGAGGAGGAGAUCCAGCUGCCGGGGUUUCCGCGCAUGGUGCUGGCGGGGGUGCUUUUUCACAACGGGGCCACGGUGCGUUCUGGGCACUACACGUCCAUGUGCCGCGGGCCGGGCGGUAUGUUUUGGAUGUACAAUGACGCGAAGGUUCAGGCGGUGCAGGGCGGGGUGGGGGAGCAGAAGCCGGCGCAGGUGCACCUCAUG